UAGUGUAUAUACCAGGGUAAUUGACAUUGAAAAUCUAGGACGAAAAUAGGCAAGUUUUGAAACUUGACCAUCAAUAGUAUACUGCUCCAAAAUGUCGCUAGUCCCGAUUGAUCAUUCUGAGAUCGCCACCAUCAUCACUACAGAUGAACGCAGUUACCAGUACCACCAACAUCGACACCACCACUACUAUCAUCACGACCAAGAUCGUCAGGGGAAACCUACCUAUCAGGUUUAUUGCCGAGCAGACCACAAAUAUGCGCUCACCAUCCGUGACAACAAUGUCAUUCUCGCCCCAUCCGAUCCUUCCAACCCUCGUCAACACUGGUACAAGGAACACAAGUUCGGGACCCAGGUUAAGGAUGCAAUAGGCUUACCCAGCUUUGCUCUAGUGAACAAAGCUACCGGGGAAGCCAUCCAACACGGCGUUGCCGGGGCUCAACCAGUAAAGGUAGUGAAGUAUGAGGCUAAUGAUGAUGGGGUUGACCAUUCCAUAUUGUGGAGUGAGGCUUGUAUCAAGGAUGAUAAUGGCGAGUAUAAAGCAAUUAGGAUGGUGAACAACAUUGGCAUGAACAUGGAUGCAUACGGCGCUACCAAAGAACGUGGGGGAGUCCGAGAUGGGACUGCCAUUGGUCUGUGGGAAUGGAACGGAGGAGACAAUCAACGUUGGAAGAUCAUUCCCUAUUGAUCAUCUCCCUCAUUAUAUUUAUUUUCAUAUACCACAAAAUUAAUAAAUGUUGCUACAAAUAAAUGGCUAUAGUCAUUUUAAUUUGUCACACCAACAAAUUAAAUAUUGUCCCUCUCCCUUGACCUACAAACCUUGUGUGUAUUUUAAAUUGUCUACAUGCAUAACUUCAGAGUUAUAUCAGUAUGUAAUAGUUAAAGUCAUGUUUCAAUAGUAUGAUGUA